UUGCUAUGGCGGCUCCGGCCCCCGCUGGCGAAGAAGACGCUUUCAGCCGCUACCGCUCCCCGCUCGUCUCGCGCUACGCCAGCCCGGACAUGGCGUUUAACUUCAGCGAGAGGAAGAAGUUCGGGACCUGGCGGCGGCUCUGGCUUUACCUGGCUCAGGCAGAAAAGUCACUGGGCCUACCCAUCACAGAUGAGCAAAUAAAGGAAAUGGAAGCAAACCUGGACAGCAUAGACUUCAAGAUGGCUGAGGAGGAGGAGAAGAGGCUGCGUCAUGAUGUAAUGGCCCAUGUGCACACUUUUGCCCACUGUUGUCCAAAGGCUGCAGGAAUAAUUCAUCUUGGAGCAACUUCCUGCUAUGUGGGAGACAAUACGGACUUGAUUGUUCUUCGGGAUGGGUUGAAUCUGCUGCUUCCCAAGCUUGCCAGGGUGAUCAGCCGUCUGGCAGGCUUUGCUGAGAAGUAUGCCAACUUGCCAACCUUAGGCUUCACUCACUACCAGCCUGCACAAUUAACCACUGUGGGUAAACGCUGUGCCCUUUGGAUCCAGGAUCUGUGCAUGGACCUGCACAAUUUUGAGCGGGCACGGGAUGAGUUGAGGUUUCGGGGUGUGAAGGGCACCACAGGCACCCAGGCCAGCUUCUUGCAGCUCUUUGAAGGAGAUCAUGACAAAGUGGAGGAGCUAGACAGGCUGGUGACUACAAUGGCAGGAUUUAAGCGAGCUUAUAUUGUCACAGGACAGACGUACAGUCGCAAAGUGGAUGUUGAAGUCCUGUCUGUUCUGGCUAGUCUAGGGGCUUCUGUACAUAAGAUCUGUACUGACAUUCGCCUUCUGGCAAACCUUAAAGAAAUAGAGGAACCUUUUGAGAAAGAACAAAUUGGUUCAAGUGCCAUGCCUUACAAACGGAAUCCCAUGCGUUCAGAGCGUUGUUGCAGUUUAGCUCGCCACCUUAUGACUCUGGUCCUGGAUCCCCUCCAGACAGCUUCCGUGCAGUGGUUUGAGCGCACUCUGGAUGACAGCGCAAAUAGGCGUGUGUCCUUAGCUGAGGCCUUCCUCACUGCUGAUAUAAUACUUAGUACUUUGCAGAAUAUUUCUGAAGGUCUUGUGGUAUACCCCAAGGUGAUUGCAAGACGUAUUCAACAGGAGUUGCCUUUCAUGUCUACUGAAAAUAUUAUCAUGGCUAUGGUGAAAGCUGGAGGCAAUCGCCAGGAUUGUCAUGAGAAGAUACGGGUUCUGUCCCAGCAAGCCGCUGCUGUUGUAAAACAAGAAGGGGGUGAUAAUGAUCUCAUUGCUCGUAUCCGUGCUGAUCCUUACUUCAGCCCUAUCCAUGAACAGCUGGAAAUCCUCCUAGAACCCACAUCCUUUACUGGACGUGCUUCCCAACAGGUGACAAGGUUCUUGAAAGAAGAGGUCUACCCAGUGCUGACCCCAUAUCAGAGCAAGAUGGGUGUAAAAAUGGAGCUUACUCUUUGAAUUAGGGUUUUACUGGGAUAUGUGUGUGAAGGAU